AAUUGAAAUUAGGAGCCAAACUUGAAUUCUCCUUUAUUUCAAAAAUACACUGCCAAUAAAAAACAGGACAAAGAAUUCUUUAUUUAUUUCCUACAUGUGUAUAUGAUCCUAAAACCCAUAAAUAUAUUUUUGCUCCAAUAUCCAUAUUUACAGUACUAUUUAUUAUCUCUUCCACCGUUCAGUUCUGUUUCUUGAACUUUGUGCUUCCUUCUUGUUCUGGAAAAGACGUGUGAGCUUUAGACAUGGAGAAAGGAAAAGUGAAUUCAUAUUCUCCAGAUACAGUUCUUGAGGACUUUUUGAGAACUGCAGAAUCUGAAUCAGACUCUUCAAAAGCAAGCACAUCAGAAUUAGAUGGCUCGAAAAAUCAAAGAUCUGGUUCGCGAUGGGCUGGUUUUCUCGAGCUAUUUAGAAGUAAAUCGAAAGGACAUAUGACGAAAGAUUCUCUAAUUACUAGUUCUCUGAAACUGUCCAAAAGAUUCAGCAGAAGCAUGAGAGAGACAAGUAGCAGUGUCAUGCCCAAUCCAAUUCUGGAUAAUGGUUUGCACUAUUUCAAACCUCAGUGGAAACUUUUCACCCUCUCCGAGCUCCAAACUGCAACCAACAAUUUUCACCAAGAAAAUUUGAUAGGAAAGGGGGGUUAUGCUGAAGUUCAUAAAGGAUGCUUGCGAAAUGGCCAAUUCAUCGCAGUUAAGCGGCUGAUGAGGGGACCCCAAGAUGAGAGAAUAGGGGAUUUCUUAUCUGAGCUAGGGAUAAUGGCACAUAUCAACCAUCCAAACACUGCUAAAUUGAUUGGUUAUGCUGUUGAUGGAGGACUCUUUCUUGUUCUUGAGCUAUCUCCUUAUGGAAGCUUGACCAAUAUGUUGCACGCAUCGAAGCAGAAACUAGAAUGGAAAAUCAGGUAUAAAAUAGCCAUAGGGAUAGCUGAAGGGAUACUAUAUCUUCAUGAGGGUGGUCAAAGAAGGAUUAUCCACAGAGAUAUUAAGGCAGCAAAUAUAUUGCUCACAAAGGACCUUGAACCUCAGAUAUGUGAUUUUGGGCUUGCAAAAUGGCUACCAGAGCGAUGGACUCACCUCACUGUAGGGAAAUUUGAAGGAACAUUCGGCUAUCUUGCUCCCGAGUUCUUGAUGCAUGGCAUAGUGGAUGAAAAAACUGAUGUUUUUGCUUUUGGAGUGCUACUUUUGGAACUUAUCACUGGACGCCGAGCCCUUGAUUACUCACAACAAAGCCUCGUCAUUUGGGCUAAACCCCUGCUGAAGAAGAACAGGAUUAGAGAACUUGUUGAUCCUUCACUUGGCGAUGACUACAACUUACUACAGAUCAACCUCAUGGUCUUAGCUGCUUCUUUGUGUGUGCAACAGUCUUCAAUUAAACGACCCCGAAUAAAUCAGAUUCUGCAGCUUCUAAGAGGCAACAGCGAAAGCCUAGAUUUAAUCAGGAGAAUUAGAAAACCUUCGCAGUGGAAGAGGUAUUAUGAAGAACUUUUUAAUGCGGAAGAAAGUAAAAUGAAUAGAGGCUUAAGUGUUUUAAGUCUGCAGGAACAAAUAGCAUUGGAAGUCUCUAAGAUAGUUUGAUGAAUCUGGCUCAAGGCUCAAAUGCUUGUUCGGUUUGUUGAAACUGACAUCAUCUUUUGGAAGAGGGAAGGAAUUAUGGUAUAACAAGGCUUAUGUUGGUACUCAGAGGCGAAUUUAGGACUGGUUCCGUGAGUUCAACUGAACCCAAGUUGAACCUGUUACUUAUGGAUCGAAUUUGUAUAUAGAUGAAAAGGCAUUUAAAAUAUAUCGAUAUGUUCAUUCUGCACUUACUGGCUCUAAAUCUUUGUUUCGCCUCUCUUGGUACCUACCUCAAGAAAAGAAGCUUAUAGCAAGAAAAACACGAUGAUAGAUGGGAGGAGAACUUGUGUCAUGUGUAUGACUGUACAAGAUCUUCAAUCCCCAAGUCCUAAGCUGUCAAAAUCUAUGUUCAGUGUAUCAAUGUGGGGUGAUCAAGCAACGAAAUUGAUGAGAUGCAGAAAUUUUUUGGCAAGGUAAUCAGCAGCUGUACAAUAGAUAUGCCUGUACAUUUCUACGUGUAAAUACUUUAGUAUAAUCAGAGUAUGUAUUGAAACUAUUUGCCAUAUUUUGGUUGUUCUUUACUUCUUUCUACUCUAUUUGUUUCCUUUAAGGGGAGCUUCAAAAUUUUUCUUAAUAGAUGAAAACCAACUUUAUCCUUGAGCAA